AUGGCGGACGACGUUCCGAUGAGCCCCGAGCUGGAGCAGAUCAAUGGCGAGAUCCAGGACAUUUUCCGAGCUCUCGCGUGAGUUUUUUUAUGCUUUUGUUUUCUUAUUCGUUUCCCCUUCCUCAGCUCAUGCUUUGUUCUUCUCGUUGGGUGUUGUUGGGCUGUUUACUGUGCCGCCUGUCUCCAUUGAUUUAACUAAUGCAAUAUUUGUGUGCAAUUCCCACCUUGUUUUCCUUGACGUUCGGCGGAGGGAGGGUUGGAGGAAAGUUGCUGAUUCGGGUUCUUGUCGGAACAACGGCGGAGUUCUGGAGACGUGUUUUUAGGAUAGACGUUUGAAGAUUUGGAAUCUAGGUGUAAUUGUGACCUGUUCAGAUUAGGUUGCAGUACAAAGUUGAAGCAUCCAAUAAAAGACAUUAUUUACUCAGAACACAUGCUAUUCCGUUAAUUUGUCGACUUCAUAGUGAGUUGGCAUGAUUUAGUAAUUGGCUCUGAUUUGUAUUAUAGAACAAGAGGACUGUGACAGCAGAAAGUAAGCUCUCCAAGUUCAAUUUAUCUUUUGGACGGUAUCGUUAGCAAUACUCAGAUCAUUCCUAUCUGAACUAUCAGAUAUUUGGGAACCACGCUCUUGGCAGUGAGCGAAGCAUACAUUGCAGUAAUUAUCUGUUCUUCAUUUAGCAAGUUUUGGAAUAAUACCACAAUCAGUGGAUGACUGUUGCAUGUAUGAGAAGCCUCAGUUUGACUUCCCACGUUCCAUUGUUCAUUGAUGGGCUUUAUGGGGUUUUGUGCUAGUAUCCCAUAUACAUAUAUCUUCAUUUUUCUCGUCAAUGUGUCUAUUAUUGCUUUCAGUAACUCAUCACCAAACAUGAAUACUGAUAACCUGUCAUGGGUAAGGGCGAACUAUAGGCUAGUUUUCCUAUCUACAGAGAGAGAUGUCUCUCAUAUAUUUUUCAUGGUUGACGAAAAUUUAUCCUCGGAAUACUAUUUCUUCAGAAUAAUUAAUUAGCAUUUACUCUUGUCAUGCUAUCAUAUCAGGGGCCACUUGGUCAACAGGUUAAAAUCUUCUGACACGAUUUCCCACCUUCUGAGGGAAAUCGUAUUUUGACCCGGAAGCCUAGAUAGGGACUUCAUAAUGUCAUUUUUUUAUUCCACUCUGCACUCUGGAAGCCUCACAUUGACCACCUGAAAUGUCGGAAAAUUGUUAUUUUGAUCAACCACGUCGCAUAUUUUAUUAACUGAACAUCAGGCUUAUUUGAAUUCCGCGUUCCUCUUCUGAUGCAGCAGAAAUUGCGGAAGAAUAAAAAAAACCCGGCCUUGAAUCCACAAGGCUCGAAAUUCCUGAAUCCUUAGUCCCCAAGGAUCAGAAUAAUGCCCUUGAAUCCACAGGGGUUGCUCUGAUACCACUUGACCCAGUGGAUGUUACGUGGGAUAAAAGAUUUGAGCCUUGAAUCCCUAAGUCAUGGAUCUUGAACAACGAGGUCCUGAACCAGAUUCCUUUUUUUGGACUCAUAACUUUCGCCCUACAUUAUCUUCUGCAGGGACUGUGUUUGGUCUUAUACUUUGAUGUGCAUUUUUAUCUCAAAAAGAAGAAAAUUAUUGAUUUGAUUCCAGCUCAGAUUAGUUAUCUUAUGUUUGAUCUAAAUAUUCAAAUGUUUUAGUAGUCAUUCAUUAUCUCGGUCAGCUUGGAGAUUGCAUGUUCUUAUUUGACGAGACAGUGUUGUGCCUUUUGUUUUUAAUAUCCGCUGUGUUGUAGUUGACAAAGUAGAUUCAUCGCAUUUUAAUACUCACCCUUUGAUCUUUAAUGUGCUUUGAUAUUUUCUUCUGCAGAAAUGGUUUUCAGAAAUUGGACAAGAUUAAAGAUCCUAACAGGCAAACAAAGCAGUUGGAAGAACUCACUGGAAAGAUGAGAGAAUGCAAGAGGUUUGCCAGAUGAUUGCCUUUUAUUAUUCAUUUAUUUUCCUUUGUUCUUACAUUAAUGCGUUUUUUCUUCCUGGGUAGCCGGAAGGAAUAUACGUCGUGGAAGUUGUUUUAUAUUUCAUUUCGUGCUUUGGGUAUGUCAGAGUAUGCUUUUACGAGCUCAAGUAUGAGAAGUUAUUCUAUUCAUUCUAUGUUCGUAGGCUUUUUUCCAUUUAAUAAAAUAUAUUUUAUGCACAAUGAAUUGCCAGAUCGGUGUAUUCAUUUAGGAUGAAUCAAUGACUUAAGUGUUAUGCAAUGACAUAGUCAUCUUUUUGUUUCAGAUUAAUUAAAGAGUUUGAUCGCGAACUAAAGGAUGAAGAGAGUAAAAAUCCUCCUGAGAUUAAUAGGCAACUCAAUGACAAGAAACAAUCCAUGGUUGGUCAAUUUUACCUGCUCCUUUUGUGGUUUUGUUGUCAAAAUUUCAGUUAACUAUAUCAUUUGUUGAUGCAGAUCAAAGAGCUGAAUUCGUAUGUGGCUCUCAGAAAAACGUAAGUCUCUCUCAUUCACUGGGCAAUCACUCUUGCAUUUAACCCAUCUUGGGAAUCGACGUCUCAUAACAUGGGGCUAUUACCUUUCUCACACUGUCAUUACUGAAACAUCGUUGCAUCAAUGGGUGGAAGACUCCAUAUUAGUUUCAUAAUUCGCAAUUAAUUGAAUCAAUUAUUUGUAGAUUCGAUGUUUUUGCUUAACUGCCAUCUAUUUCACGAGGUAGACUCUCUUUGUGGAACAAAUUUCAGAUUGGAUUCAAGCAAUCAUCAGCAGUUGGUAAAUAGCGUUGGAGUUCAAGCAGUUGUAAAUCUUAUAACCUGAUAAUGCGGAUAUGGAAAAGUUUGUUGGUUAAAAAUAUCAUUACGAUCUUUUGUGAUGAAGACAUUUUCUUUCAUCCUUCUAAAACGGUGGGGCGGAGAGUGGUCGUCAUACUGAGUUGAGAAGAACUUUCAAGGUUUGCCAUUCAUUCUUUUAUUGGCGUGAUUGCAUGCUCAUCUGAAGGCAAGCAAAUUUGAACAUAAAUAAAAGCGCAUUUUUGUGCCAGAAUGGGAAGAAUUUCUUUACAGAACUACGCUGGCCAAAUAUAUUCUCACAUACAUGAUGUCGGCUGGGUUCUAAUGUGUAGUAAAAGGGGGGCGCAGUGUAUUUUGUUUACUUAUGGAACUUUAAUCCUAUCCAAUCCUCUGCUUGAAGUCUGUAUUAGUUUCUUGAUGAUUAAUAUGAAACCAAAGGUGCAUUUUCUUGAGGAUUGCCGCCAUGAAAUUUCAUUAUUUUACUUAGAAGAUCACUCAACAGUCUUUCUCCCAUUUUUAUCAUCGUAAUCUCAGAGAUGGUAGGCUCUGGGAACUGUUUUCUCUUCUCUAGGAUGUGAGAGAAGACACCCAACAUAGGAAUGGAAACUCAGGCAUGAAGCCAGCAGAGUAUGAUAGGAUCUCUCAUGAUAUGAGAAUACUUCCACUUUUCUACAGAUGAUUUUGACUUGAAACGCUGAAAUUCUUUUCAAAACCUUGCUGGUUUCUGGUCGGAUACUGAAAACCAAUCUCUUUCUAUACGAUUCUACCCUUUUCAUUGCUGACAUGGAUGUGAGUAGCCCCAGUGCUCAUGCUUCUCCACUCCAGAGAUCUAUGAAGCUUCUGAUAGUGAUGUUCUGAUAAGCAUGGCCAUCUGGACAUGAUAUCAUCUACGAAUCAGAAGGCUCAUUUCAGCCGGAGAAAUCGUCUCAGAUUUCCAUCACCUGGUGAUUCUUCUUUGGGAUAUGCUGGUAUGCAGGUACACAAGCAGCCUGGGCAACAAGAGAGUCGAGCUCUUUGACAUGGGCGCUGGCGGCAGCGAGGCCACAGCUGAUGAGAAUGUUCAGAUGGCAUCAAGUAUGUUUUUAUCUCUCUUCCUUCAUAUAACCAUCAUCAUCAUCAUAAUCUUAUGAGAAAUGCUUCCACAACUAAUCAUUUACUAUAAGAACCUGAUGAUGGGGACAGUAGACGACGGUAUUGUGGUGUGGGAUCCAGAAUAUGGUGUGAGAAACCCCCAUUGACUUGAGAAAUCAGAAAAUGGUGUUCUUGAUCUGUAGUUUGGUUGACUUUCAACUUCUAGAAACUGCUUAUAUAAGAAUUAAUAUUUGGAUGUUCAUUCAGAGUGUAGUGUGAGGAACCCCAUUGAAUUGAGAAAUCAGAAAGCCAAGUCUUCCAUUUUUAGGAUCUGCUCAUGCAGUAAUUAUAAUUCCAUGCCUUUUUUUCAUCCGAAAAUGUUUAAUUUCAGAAGUGCUGAUGGCACCAUUUAAUCAGCUGCCAUCAAAUGCUGAUUUUGUGAUGAAAUUAGCUCUGGAUCUGAGUUAAAGCUAUUUAUUUUGAUCAGCUUUUCGGUUUUCUCUCCAACACAGAGUACACCUGAUUGCAACGGGAUAAUCUGCUAGAACUGUACAAUUAAUUCAUCAUUCCACUGUUCAUGGCUUGCCUCAGUUGACCUUGUACUAACUCACACAAGUCAACUCGGUUUCCCAGACCUACAGUUCAGAUCUUUGCCACAGCAGGAAUAAUUCUUGCAAUCUUCUCUGUACUUCAGAGUAUCUUGGUCUUUAAUUCCAUUUUUCCUCGGCCCGUUAUAAUUUUUUUUUACUAAAAAUGGUAAAAAACCCCUUGGGUCUGGCAUCAAACAAGCUUAGAAAUUGUUGAUGAUGUUUUCUUGCCAAAGAUAGGAAAAAAAAAAGAAAAAUAAGUAGCACUCUAGGGUUUGGGUAGCUGAUCACCUUCUUCACACUAGCCGAUGUCUAUCUCUGCAGCAAUGUCGAAUCAGGAGCUUGUUGAUGCGGGAAGGAAGACGAUGGACGAGACCGAUCAGGCCAUCCAACGGUCGAAAAUGGUCUGGAGACGCUCCAUCAAUCUAGAUAUCCCUUCUCUUUCUUUUCCACUUAUGGCUCAUCUUGAAGUGUCUGGAUUCACCAGGUGGUCGAGCAAACCGUCGAAGUGGGUGCCCAGACCGCCACCACCCUGAAGGGCCAAGUGAGUUGACCCAACACUGGAUUCCACCAUCGUUGACUUUCCUCUUCCAUGGCUGAGUCAGCGUCCAUCCACUCUUGCUCCCGGUGAAUUCCACAGACACAGCAAAUGGGCCGGAUUGUCAACGAGCUGGACACCAUCCAGUUCUCCAUCAAGAAGGCAUCUCAGCUCGUGAAGGAGAUCGGCCGACAGGUCAACCUUUGGCGGGCCCCGCACAUAUUCACCAGUAUUUGCUCAUAAUUUCAUUAAUUUAAAUGCUUUUCUCCAAUUCAGGUAGCCACCGACAAGUGCAUCAUGCUGUUCCUAUUUCUGAUCGUGUGCGGCGUGAUCGCCAUCAUCAUCGUUAAGGUACUCCAUAAUCUACAUUUUCUCAAAAUGGCAUUUUUAUGGGCGUUGACUUUGGAUCCAUCGCCGUCAAACUGCCUGCAGAUUGUCAACCCAAGCAACAAGAACAUACCAGACAUUCCGGGCCUGGCACCGCCGGUUCCGGCAGCUGCAAGGCGGCUCCUGGCGGCGGGGCCACUACUCCGCUAG